AUGGAAAACUUUGAUUAAAACUUGAAAACAGAUGAUCGAAAUUUGCAACUCUCGCAACAAGUUUUAGAGUAGAAAAGAGAAAAAAUCAUUCUCUAAAAAAAAAUACAAGCAUUGGAGAAAUAAAAUAAAAAUUUGUCUGAGUAAAUGGAAACUUAUAAAAUUGAAAAAUAAGAACGAGCUGCUUAAAUUAUGUUACUAGAAGAAUUAAUCGCCAAAUAGGAUUUUGUGACUACUAAAUUAAAUGGAUUAAUAAAAAAGUUACUGCAAAGAGAUGAAGAGAAUUAAUAACAUGAGCAUUCAUUAAGUGCACCUAAAACUGAUGCAAAAACUAAUAAAUAUGAUAAUUAAGAGAGGAAAAAAAAAGACAAACAAUAUUUAGAAGAGCAAUAAAAAUUGGAUCUAAAUGAACAAAUUAUUGCCUACUAUAAAAAACAUUCUCUUAAAGAUCAAUCAGCAUCAAGCAAACUUCCUCCUAUUGAAGAUACAAAGAAUAAGCCUAUUAUUGUCUAAGUUCCAAAAAGCUAAUUAAAGAAAAUCAACCCUUAAUAUUUAAUUGAACAAAUGCAAAAAGAAUGA